CUCUGCCAACCUCCGGCAACUUUGCAUCGCCUUCCUCGACACGCUGUGCUCUGACAACUUCCAAGCUCCAACAUCCGUGUUUUUCAUCCACUGCUGCCUUCACCACCUGUUUGGCCCUCCAGAAGCACUUCUAUUGCUCAAUUUCAUUUCCUCAGAUCAAUCCAUUAUACCCAAAAAAACAAAAAGCAGUCCACUUCUAUUGCGCGUUAUUCAUUUCGUCAUAUAGAUCCAUUAUACCCAGAAAGAAAAAAGAAAAAUCCAAAAGUAGGAACAAUUAUGUCCCGCCCUUGUACCCCUAAAUAAACACUUCAUCUCCUCCUGCAUCUCAUCAUCCAAGUUACCCCCACCCGAAGAAAAGGAAAAAAUCUGUCUCCGGAGUUCUUUUACCUGUUUCCAUCGUUUGGCAGUUAAAAUCUUCCAAAGUUUCCUCUAUUUCGUGUCCUUGCACUACACCUAAGAUCUGUACAUUGUCAAAAUCAUCCCAAAAACAUCCCAAACAAACUGCAGCUCCAUGACGGCGGCGGUGCUGGCUGUCUUACAAAUGGUGGCAUCGCCGAUCCUGAAGAAGCUCCUCACUGGUACUCCGACGUACCUCGGGGUCGACAUGGCGAGUGAGCUCCAUGAACUGGAGACCACAAUAAUGCCACAGUUCGAGCUGAUGAUUGAAGCAGCUGACAAGAGCAACCACAGGGCUAAGCUAGACAAAUGGAUCCAAGACCUCAAACAAGCUUUCUUCAAGGCAGAAGACUUGUUGGAUGAUCAUGAGUACAGCCGCCUUGAGCGCAAAGCCAAGAGCGGGAAGGAUCCGUUGCUACCGCAUUCCUCCACCAGCAGCACUAUUCUAAAGCCUCUGCAUGCUGCAUCCAACCGGUUGUCCAAUCUGUCCUCCAACAACAGGAAGCUAAUUCGCCAGCUGAAUGAACUGAAGGCCGUUUUGGCGAAAGGCAAGGAGUUACGUGAUCUUCUUUGCUUAUCAGCUGGUAACACUGCAGAGGACCCUGUUGUACAAGCAGCCAUUGUUCCUCUGGCCACAUCAAUUCCACCUCCAAAAGUAAUAGGCCGUGACAAGGACCGCGACAAUAUAAUUGACCUUCUUACAAAACCGGUUGGUGUUGAGGCUGAUUCAGCUAUACAUUCGGGGUUGGCUAUUGUUGGAGCAGGAGGCAUGGGGAAAUCCACCUUGGCGCAGUAUGUUUACAAUGACGAGAGGAUACAAAAACAUUUUGAUGUCAGGAUGUGGGUGUGCAUCUCACGCAGACUUGAUGUCAAACGUCAUACACGGGAGAUUAUUGAAUCUGCGGUAAAGGGCGGAUACCCACAUGUUGAGAAUCUUGAUACUCUCCAAUGCAAAUUAAGGGACAUACUGCAAAACUCACAGAAAUUCCUGCUUGUCUUGGAUGAUGUCUGGUUUGGAAAAUCUGACGAGAUGGAAUGGGAGCAACUCCUGACUCCUUUAGUUUCUCAGCAGACUGGAAGCAAAGUUUUGAUAACUUCUCGUUUGAAUAUACUUCCAGCUUCUCUUUACUGCAAUAAGAUUGUUCCACUGGAGAACAUGGAAGAUGCCGAGUUCUUGGCACUCUUCCAAAACCAUGCCUUUUCUGGAGCAGAAAUCAGAGAACAUAGUUUGCGUCAGAUGCUAGAAGUGAUUGCAGAGAAGCUUGCUACCAGAUUGGGACGAUCUCCUUUGGCAGCAAAAACUGUGGGUUUGCAGCUGAGCAGGAAAAAGGAUAUCGCAUCAUGGAAAGAUGCUCUAAAGAAGGACAACUUAAGUGAUCCCGCGAAAGCUCUGUCGUGGAGUUAUGAUAAGUUAGAUCCGCGUUUGCAGAGAUGUUUUCUAUAUUGCAGCUUAUAUCCAAAAGGCUAUCGAUAUGGCAUGAGGGAGUUGGUUCACCUGUGGAUGGCAGAGGGAUUUAUUGAUUCGUGCAACGAGAACAAAAGAGUGGAAGAUAUUGGAAAGGAUUGCUUCAGUGAGAUGGUCUCAGUUUCAUUCUUUCAACCAAUUGGCCAUGGAUUUCGUACAUACUAUGUUAUGCAUGAUCUUAUUCAUGAUUUGGCAGAGUCACUCUCUAAAGAGCACUGCUUCAGAUUAGAAGAUGAGAAGGUGGCAGACAUACCAUGCACUGUUCGACAUUUAUCUGUUCGUGUUGAGAGUAUGAUACAGCAUAAGCAAAGCAUUUGCAAGCUACAUCAUUUGCGUACUAUUAUCUGCAUUGACCCAGUUAAAGAUGAUGUAAGUGAUGUUUUUACUGAGAUAUUGCGGAAUUCCAAGUUGCGUGUACUAUAUCUGUCAUUAUACAACAGUAGCAAGUUGCCAGGAUCAAUUGAUGAGCUGAAGCAUCUUAGGUAUUUAAACAUCAUCAACACGUCAAUUUCUGAAUUGCCAAGAUCAUUAUGUACUCUUUACCACUUACAGUUCCUUAAGUUAAGUCUCGAAGUUAAGAGUUUGCCCGACAAACUCUGCAAUUUAAAUAAGCUGUGGUAUCUUGAAAGGCACGGGAGUUGGAUUAAUUAUCCAUACAACACUACUCUGCCUCAAGUCCCCAACAUAGGCAAGCUAACUUUGCUCCAACAACUUUAUAACUUCUCUGCAGAAAAGCAGAAGGGAUAUGAGUUGCGGCAGCUGAGGGGCAUGAACGAGCUUGGUGGCUGUUUAAAUGUUACAAAUCUUGAAAAUGUCACUGCAAAGGAUGAAGCUUUAGAGUCGAACCUACACCGGAAAAUUCAUCUUGAAAGUUUGCACCUAGGCUGGAGUUAUAUGGAUGACAUAAAUGUAGAGGACAAUUUACACUUGGAGAUUCUGGAAGGUUUGAUGCCACCGCCCCGACUUAGGGGCCUCACAAUCCAAGGUUACAGAUCGGCGAAAUAUCCAGGUUGGUUUCUUCAGGAUUCAUAUUUUGAGAAUCUGGAAACCUUUGAGCUUGCUAAUUGCACUGCGUUACAAGGCCUACCAACCAAUGCAGAACUAUUGGGGAAUUGCUGCUCACUUCACCUCAGGAAUGUGCCAAAACUAAAGACAUUACCUUGUCUUCCAGCAGGUCUUAAAGAGUUAUCAAUUUCCAAGUGUCCACUGCUUAUAUUUGUUUCCAGUGAUGAACCAGAACAACAUGAUCAGUUGGAGAACAUCAUGAAUAUAGACCAAUUGGCAUCAAACCUUCCUUUGAUAACGCAUGUGGGUCCAGUAUCAAAAACACGCGACAUAAUAGCAUCGGAAUUUUCAUCUCUAGAGCAGUUGAUGGCAUUGAUGGAUGUGGAUAUGUCACGUAUUGAAAACAUUAGAAGUGUUAUAGAGAGAGAGGAAUUUGUGAUAGAGGAUAGCAUCAAUGCAUGGAUAUGUUGCCACAAGGAGAGGAUGGGACUCAUUUAUGGAAGAAGCAUCAGGCUGCCUCUGGUUCCACCAUCAGAGCUUACCAAGCUUUAUCUUUCUUCAUGCAGUAUUACAGAUGGGGCAUUAGCUGUUUGCCUUAAUGGUCUCACUUCACUGAGAAGUUUGGCCCUAAUUAAGAUCAUGACUUUGACUACACUUCCAUCGCAAGAGGUCUUCCAACAUUUGACAAUGCUUGGUGACCUGGAAAUCAAGUCUUGUUGGUGUCUCAGGUCAUUAGGGGGCUUACGAGCUGCUACCUCCCUUUCAGAUGUUAGAUUGUAUUCCUGCCCUUCUCUAGACUUGGCACGUGGAGAUGAAAUGCCAUUAUCUGCUGAGGAGCUCAUUAUAUUCUACUGUGUGGUUGCAGCUAAUUUCUUCAGUAGUGGUCUGCAGCACCUGAGAUGGCUUAACAUGGUUGGCUGCAGAAGCCUUGCAUCCUUGUCAAUCGGUCAUUUGAACUCCCUUGCAAAAUUAGAACUAGUAGAUCUCCCGGAUCUGUGCUUUAUUGAAGGACUGUCUUCCCUGAAACUUCACCUUGUAAGUUUAAAGGAUGUCCCGAAGCUCAACGCGAAGUGCAUCUCACAGUUUCGGGUGCAGAACACACUCUUUGUUAGCAGCCCUUUGAUACUUAACCACAUGCUCUCGGCUAAAGGUUUUAUAGUUCCAGAAGUUCUCUUUCUUCAUAAUUGCAAAGAGCCAUCCGUUUCAUUUGAAGAAUCUGCAAACUUCUCAUCCCUGCGGCACCUGUAUUUAAAAGAAUGUGAAAUGGUGUCCUUGCCAGGAAAUCUCAAGUGCCUGACCAGUCUGACACGACUUGAUAUCCUCGAAUGUCCCAACAUAUCAUCUUUACCUGAUCUGCCAUCCUCCCUCCAACAUAUAUGUGUUCGGCGCUGUGAGCGCUUGAAGGAGAGCUGCCAAGCACCUGAUGGAGAAAGCUGGCCAAAGAUUGCGAGUAUCCGCUGCAAGGAAUUCAUAUGAAUUAUGAUUUCAGAUUCAGAACCACAAAUAAAUGCAAAGGCUCAGACUGCCAGAUCGCACGGACGUCCUCUGAUGUCCUCUCCGGCAGGCUUCCGCUGUCGCCGGCUCCACGUGUCGUGCAACUGCAACUGGAACCGUGCCGCCGGGGGUCGCGCGCACCUCCGCUGGCGACCUCAUCGGUAGGGCCUCUGGUGCCGCCGACUCCAUUACCUCGCAAACCGACGACCACUAGUCGGAUGCGCAGCAGGAAGGCGAGAUGGGAAGCGGCCACCGGAGACCGCCGUGGCGAUCUGCUGCGACACAAGGACGGAGAAGCCACCGCCAAGAGGACCAUGUGACGCCCCAAGACCGAUGCUCCAGAUGCUUUCCUUGU